ACCGAAAAAGCACAGGACAGUAGUGGUGCUUUACGCGCAACCUUCCAUUAUAGCCCCAAAAAUACAGACACACACAAAAAAAAAAGCAGAGAAUUUGUGUGCAAGCAUCCCCUUAUCGCCUCCCCCCUUGUGUCUCCUAUCCUUCGCCGAUCGAAUCAUUUGAGCUUGUGGGUCUCCUCAACCAUAUUCGAUUCGUGAGGGAGGGGAUCGAGCUCUGUUGCGGUGUUGUAGAUCAUUAUCACUCUUGGUUUGUGAUUCUCGGAAGUCGGAAGUGUUCUUCGCAAGCUCGAUUUUCUUUUUUUUGCGAUAUUUUUUUGUAUCGUUAAAUCUCGAAUCCCGACGGGGGAGGUGGUUGAGUCCGAGUUCGAUGCUCCGGGGCCUCAAGAUCCAGUCUCGACGCCGUUCUUGAGCUCUCCGUGUUGAUCUCUGCGCCGCGAAGGGAGAUGGGCAACGCCGGUAGCAACGGCGGAGGGGGUUCCCCUGGUCACCGCCGACGAGGCUCCGCCGCCCAGGGCCACGGCCACCAUCAGGUCCACGGCCACCACCACCAGCCGUCCUCGCCUCCCCCGCCUCCGCCGCCGGAGUCGUCCCCGAGCCACUACGUGUUCGCCGCCGCCACGCCGUACCCUCCGCCGCAGUACACCAACCCCAACCUGCCGCGGUACUACCCUCAGUACGGGAACUACUACCCGCCGCCGCCGUCCCUGCAGGUGCCCCUCCCGGCGCCGUACGACCACCACCACAGGGGCGGCGGCGCGGGGGUGCCCGCCGGAGGGGAGUUCCCGCCGUCGGCGCACCCGCAACACUACCCGGGGUGGCCUGGGGUCUCUGGGCGGCCGCACCCCUGCGGAUUGCAGCCGGCCAUGCCGACGCCGUACGUCGAGCACCAGAAGGCUAUCACAAUCCGCAACGACGUCAACCUCAAGAAGGAGACUCUUCGGAUUGAGCCUGAUGAGGAGUGCCCGGGCCGCUUCCUCGUCGCCUUCACCUUUGACGCCACCCUUGCUGGAAGCAUGACUGUUUACUUCUUUGCAAAAGAAGAGCUCAACUGCAAUCUAACGGCGGUGAAAGAAGACCUGAUUAAGCCUGUUACUGUAAGCUUCAAAGAGGGUCUUGGUCAGAAGUUCAGACAGCCUUCUGGCACUGGAAUCAACUUCUCCGUGUUUGAGGAUUCCGAGUUAUUGAAGCAGGGGGACAUGGAUGUAUAUCCACUUGCAGUUAAAGCUGAAACAACCAUGCCUGUUGAUCAAAAGUUGGAAGGAGAAGAUCAAAAGAUGAAAACUCCAAACUCACAGAUCACACAGGCUCUGUUUGAAAAGAAAGAAAGCGGUGAUUAUCAAGUUCGAGUUGCUAGCCAGAUCCUUUGGGUCAAUGGAACUAGGUAUGAGUUGCAGGAAAUAUAUGGAAUAGGAAACUCGGUGGAAGGCGAUGCUGAUGCCAAUGAUCCUGGGAAAGAAUGUGUUAUUUGCCUCUCGGAGCCAAGGGAUACUACCGUUCUCCCAUGUAGGCAUAUGUGUAUGUGCAGCGAGUGUGCCAAGGUCCUGAGGUACCAGACGACCCGGUGCCCGAUCUGCCGACAGCCCGUUGAGCGGCUACUUGAGAUCAAAGUCAACAACAAAGCUGAAGAGCAGCAGCAGCCGUCACCCGAUUCACCGAUCAAAGUCAACAGCAAAGCCGAAGAGCAUCAGCAGCAGCCAUCCCAAUCGCUGCCAAUCCCACACAGGGAAGAGGUGUAGCUGCGACAAUGUCGGGCGCAUAUGAUCAUGAUAUAUGAUCCUAGAUUGUGGCCUUCCGACCUUCCCCGUAUCGCGCUCUGCGCUCUCGCCUUGAGCAUGGGGAGGAGAUGUAACAGAUGUGUACCUUCCAGUGUAUGUUAGCAUGUAAGCUUCUGGCAUAAUGUGGCUUCCUGACCUGACCUGUGUGGGUGAAGGUCUUAGAUGCCAAGAGGAGUGGAGUGGGUGUACCAUAUACACAUCACAUGGAUUCAUGCGUGUACUAUUGCCCUAACCUGAAGAAGUGGAGAACAUCUCAUACUUAAUGGGAUUUCCCUCCAUCAGGAGUAAAAAGAGUUACAGCAGAUGGACUCCAGAUUUGUACAAAAUUUCCUCAUGAUUCUCAUUAUAUUUUUGCCUUGAUGAGAUGAGAUGACACCA